UAAUUGUGAGUUUCAAUUCAAGUAAAAAUAACCUACGAGACAGUUUCAUAGUUGUUAUUCAGACCGUUAGAUGGUGGUAUACAUUCUACUGCUCCUACUGCUAUUGGUGUUGGAAGACAGAACAAUUUAUUAAACAAUCGCGAUAAUGUUUUUAUUUUUAGUCCGAGAUAUUGCGACAUAUGAUUUUUGAUAGCUUCAAGCAUUCAACUGACAUAUGAAAAUGGAACGUGGUACGGAGAGCAUUCAUGCUUGUUUUCCUGCCGAAACGGAAGGUCACAACUGCUCUCCUCAUGACAAACUCCGAGACCGCACUAAACAUGCUCGAGACUCGUCCGUCAGCGGCUGCUGCUUCGGUUGGGUCCGAACAUGGAUAUGCAUAAACAAUGACCUGAAUAGUGAUGAAGAUUGUUAUGAGAGGAAAUGCCCAGACAACACGGGAGAGGGCACAGAAGACUCCCGAGACUCGUCCACCGGCGGGUGCUUCGAGAACAUCCAAAGAUGGGUACGUGAUAAGUUUUCCAGGCGCCUCGGAACAGAACAAGAGACAAUGACAGCACAGCUACCUGUGACAGCAACAGAACAGAGCCCUGUGACGCCUGUAACGGCGACAGAACAGCGACCUGUGACGGUGGCAGAACAGCGACCUGUGACGGUGACAGCAACAGAACAGAGCCUUGUGACGCCUGUAACGGCCACAGAACAGCGACCUGUGACGGCGACAGCACAGCGACCUGUGAGGCCUGUAACGGCGACAGAACAGCGCCCUGUGACGGCGACAGCACAGCGAUCUGUGACGCUUGUGACAGCAACAGAACAGAGCCCUGUGACGCCGGUAACAGCGACAGAACAACGACCUAUGACGACUGGGAUGGCGGCAGCCCAGCGCCCUGUGACGGCGACAGCACGGCGACCUAUGACGCCUGGGAUGGCGACAGCCCAACGCCCUGUGAAGACUGUGACGGCGACAGGCCAGCGACGCGGGCAAAAGCAGGAGCGAGAGGAACAACUUGAUGAAGAAUUCGAACCUCUCAGAAGGCAAGACGCUCGGUGUCAGAAGAACUACACGAGAAGAAACAAAAAGAUGACACCAGCAGAGAAGUAUUUGGAAGAAUACCAGAAACGUCUAGGAGCUGAGCGAGAGGCAGAAAGUGAUGAGGAAUUCGAGGCUCUCAGCAUGCAAGAUGCUGUGUGUCAGAAGAACAACAUGAGAAGAAACGAAGAGAGGACACCAGCAGAGAAGUAUUUUGAGGAAUUCCGGAAACGUCUGAGAGCUGAGCGAGAGGAACAACUUGAUGAAGAAUUCGAACCUCUCAGAAGGCAAGACGCUCGGUGUCAGAAGAACUACACGAGAAGAAACAAAAAGAUGACACCAGCAGAGAAGUAUUUGGAAGAAUACCAGAAACGUCUAGGAGCUGAGCGAGAGGAAAACUUAAUGAGGAAUUCGAGCUUCUCAGAAGGCAAGACGCUGUGUCAGAACAACUAUAUGAGAAGAAACGAAGAGAAGACCCCAGCACAGAAGUAUUGGGAGAUAUUCCUGAAACGUCUAUUAGCUGAGCGAGAGGAAAACUUAAGGAGGAAUUCGAGCCUCUCAGAAGGCAAGACGCUGUGUGUCAGAAGAAGUACAUGAGAAGAAACGAAGAGAAGACCCCAGCACAGAAGUAUUUGGAGGAAUUCCAGAAACGUCUAUGAGCUGUGCCUCGGAACACCACACGGGACCCUGACAGCACAGCGACUUGCGACGGAGACAGCAGAGCUAC